GCAUUGGCUGUGAGUGUGUGUGAAGUGAGGAUUGAUUUGAUCACAAGUUUGUGUUUUGUGUGCAUUUAGUCUGAAGUGUGUCUCAAGUGAUCGUCAAUUGAAUCCCAAUCUGUGGCACAAAUAGUGUCUCAUUUGGUAGUGAUUUGAGUGACAACUCGUUUAUCACAACAACUAUUGAUUGAAUACAAGCCGUGACUCGAGUGACAGUCGUAUAGUGGGAUCCGAUUGAGUGAUUUGGGAGUCAAUGGAUGACGACUUGGAUGACUACGAGUUGUUUUGGUCGACAAUUGUCUCACACUUCCAGCUGUUGUCCAAAUCGGUGGUGAAUCUGUUUGAAAUCAAUUUGAUGACAAUCCGCGAGGGGUUCCAGCAAUUGGUGUCUUUGGCGAUGAGACCGCAGACAUUGGCCGCGCUGUCACUCAUACUGCUAUUGGCGCUCAUUUGCCACACUUGCGAGUAUUGGAUCAAAUCAGUGAUCAGAACGACAAUCAAUUGGACCAAACGAGUCAACAUUGGACUCACACUCGUGUCCACCGCUUUGACCGCAUUGUUGCCGAGCGUUGAAUGCAUUACUCGUAUCGCAGACAAUGUCAUCGAAGAAUACAAAGACAAUUGUGUCGGCGUUUAUGCACUUCAGGGACGGCGACCCAAAAUGGAGGACAAGUUUACGUACGUUAACGACAGUCAACGCCUCGGCAUCGAGUACUGGGCUGUCUUUGACGGACACGGAGGAGAUAGCGCCGCUAUCUUUGUUGAGUCCAAGUUAUAUAAAGCUAUCCAUAGGAGAGUGGAAGCGCUCAUCAGUAAAGACAGUGUUGUUCACAAUCACUGCGAGAAGAAGAGUUCAGAAGAAGAUUGUGGUGUCAGUGAUGUCUCGAACGGUGGUCUAAACAGCGAUAAGGAAUGUUUAGCCAAUUCAAAGUUGUACACCAAUGAGUCCACAACCGAGUCGUUGACUGUGGCCUCGCUCUCCAAGAUUGUCACCGAAGAAGUGCUUGAAAUUGAUAGACAAUUGAUUAUUGAUUGUAAAGAGAGGGGAGACGUGUCGGGCAGUACGGCACUGAUUGCGCUCAGAAUUGUGGCUCAAAAUAAGCUGAUUGUAGCGAAUGUCGGCGACUCGAGAGGUGUGAUCUGCGACUCAAAGGGAUCGGCGAUUCCGCUGUCUUUUGAUCAUAAGCCCCAACAGAUAAAAGAGCACAAACGCAUCAAAGAAGCCGGAGGUUUCAUCAAAUUCAAUGGCGUGUGGAGAGUGGCCGGCAUUUUGGCCACAUCUCGAGCGAUGGGUGACUACCCAUUGAAGGACACGAAUCUGGUGAUCGCCGAACCGGAUAUUCUGACCUUCGAUCUGAACGAUAUUGAGCCGAAGUUCAUGAUUCUGGCGAGUGAUGGCCUCUGGGAUGCCUUCACUAACGAGGAUGCAGUCACUUAUGCCAAAGAGUGUCUCCUAAGAGUCAAACAAAGCAAUACAAGCGUUCAUACGGCCCACGAAGUGGCCAAAAGUCUAGUUCUCGAGUCAUACAGACGCGGAUCCGUUGACAACAUAACCGUCAUUUUGGUUAUAUUUGACUCCAAUGUCGACGACAUAUCGAUUUCCUAAUUAUUUAUAAAAACCGUCCAAAAAAGUCAAUUAAAAGUCAAAUCCGAACUUUUCUAUGAAUUAUUUCAUUUCAUUGUCUUUAGUCUUAAUUUAUUAUUAAUUUCAUUAUUAUUAUUAUUAUUUGGAGUUUAUAUGCAUUCGUUUUGUCAGACAC